UGACGCUCCAUAAUCAGGAAGUGACCGAGCGUGUAUAUUUGUUUACAACCGUUAGUUUUCUGGCUGCACAUCUGCCUCGUUUAUGCAUUGGCUAACAUGCAUAUUUCAUUUUGUGGAACCAGGUCUAUUUAAAUUACAUCACCAGCAGUGUCGAUAUACUGUUGCUCGUGUGCCGUCCCGAUGCGUUAAUGGAAAUAGCAUCCGCUAAUGAGACUCAUGCUACAGUUGCGUUUUCUCAACACCUAGCUUGCUGUUUGGCAAGGUAACCUUCAAGCCGCCGGGUGCUUUAUUUAAUCGUCAACGAUUACGAUAUCUCUUCACCUUUGUAUCACAAAAGUGCAAUGCUAAUCAGUUCGCUUGUUGGCUUCAUAACGAUAGCGGUUUCAUUUAGUUAUCGUGUUGUUUUGCUAGCCAGCUUGCGGAGAAGCUAACACGGGAGUGAUGUGUAUGAGGAUGACCUCUCACAGUGCGUCUUUCAAAAGAUAAGGGACUGGAUGAUGAUCCAGACUAACCAAAGACCCUGUGCAUCAUGGCUUUGUCUGAAGUUCAUUGGGACCACCAAAUACCUUUGCCAAAGCUUGCCCCAGUCCAAGCCAAGAUCACCGUGGCCCUGGUGGCACUCCUGUGUUUCAUCAACAGCUAUGAUGGGGAGUUUGUGUUUGAUGAUUCUGAGGCGAUUGUCAAUAACAAGGACUUGAAACCAGCAACACCCCUUGGCAACCUCUGGAGCAAUGACUUCUGGGGAAGCAAUCUGAGUAGCAACUCUAGUCAUAAAUCCUACCGACCUCUCACAGUCCUUACAUUCAGGCUGAACUACCUCUUGGCGGGAGGCUUGCACCCUGUUGGCUUCCACGUAUGGAAUAUCAUCCUCCAUGCAGUCAUAUCGGCUCUAAUGAUUGACAUGUUCGCUAUAUUAAUUGGUGGCCUGGCUUAUGAUGAGAAGGGGAAGAUACUUAACCACGCGCCCAAGGCCUCUCUCCUGGCGGCCCUCUUUUUUGCCGCACACCCGGUCCACACAGAAAGCGUGGCUGGUAUAGUGGGUCGAGCAGACCUUUUGUGUGCCCUGUUCUUCCAGCUCUCCUUUCUCACCUAUUGCCGAGCCUUCCAUGGAGGGAGCGACAGAGAUGAGAGGUUUUCUGUCCAGUGGAUUGUGGUUAGCCUCUUGCUGUGUGCUGCAGCCAUGCUCUGUAAAGAACAAGGCAUCACAGUCUUGGGCGUGAACGCAGCCUUUGAUGUCCUCCUGAUCUGUAAUGUUAAUGUGUAUGAACUGAGCCAGAGGCUACUCCUCAGGAAGAAACCCAUAGAUGUAAAUGAGCUGCUGCGAACAGGGCUGCUCACCCGAUUAGCUCUUUUGGCUCUGGGAGGAACCUCAAUGCUCUAUGCACGCUGGAGGAUCAUGGGAACAGGGCCACCGGCAUUCACUGAAGUAGACAAUCCUGCCUCUUUUGCAGAAAAUAUAUUUCUUAGAAUAGUGAACUAUAAUUACUACUACUCUCUGAAUGCCUGGCUGCUGCUGUGUCCCUGGUGGCUGUGUUUUGAUUGGUCCAUGGGCUGUGUGCCUCUCAUUAAGUCAGCCACUGAUUGGAGGAUGGUGUGGCUGCUGCUGCUCUGGUGCGUUCUGAUAGGCUUGAUAAGCCAAGCCGUAUGCUCACAGGACAGCCAGAGAAGGAGGACGCUGACCCUCGGUCUGGUGCUGCUGGUGGUCCCAUUUCUGCCGGCCUGUAAUAUUUUCUUCAGGGUGGGCUUUGUCAUCGCUGAGAGGGUCCUCUACUUGUCAUCAGCUGGCUACUGCCUACUGCUUGCCUACUCCCUGGGAUAUUGCUGCUACCACUGGGCCAAAUACAGCAGGCUGCUGUGUGUGUCUGUGCUGGCUCUGCUGUGUGUGUAUGUAGCUCGCUGUGCUCUCCGCAGCCACCAGUGGAGGUCAGAGCAAAGCCUCUUCACCAGUGCCCUUUCUGUCUGUCCGCUCAAUGCUAAGGUGCAUUACAAUGUAGGUAAGAACCUGGCUGACAGAGGGAACACUAGUGCCGCUAUCAAAUAUUACAGAGAGGCAGUCAGGUUACAUCCCACCUACGUCCAUGCCAUGAACAACCUGGGCAACAUCCUGAAGGAGAGGAACGAGCUGGUGGAGGCGGAGCAGCUGUUGUCCAAAGCUGUUUCUAUCCAGCCUGACUUCGCUGCAGCUUGGAUGAACCUGGGUAUAGUUCAGAACAGCCUGCAGAAGUUCGAGGAGGCAGAGCAGAGUUACUGGAAUGCAAUCCGUUUCCGUAAGAAAUACCCAGACUGCUACUACAACCUGGGACGUCUGUAUGCCGACCAGAACAGGCACCUGGACGCUCUGAACGCAUGGAGAAAUGCAACGGUGCUAAAGCCUGAUCACAGCCUGGCUUGGAACAACAUGGUCAUUCUGCUGGACAACACUGGUAACCUUGGCCAAGCGGAGCUGAUAGGCCGAGAAGCUCUGAAGCUCCUCCCUAAUGACCACACUAUCAUGUUUUCAUUGGCCAACGUCCUGGGCAAGCUACAGAAAUACAAGGAGUCGGAGGGCUUCUUCCUUCACGCUCUUCGGAUCAAUCCAAAUGCUGCCAGUUGCCAUGGCAAUUUAGCUGUGCUGUAUCAUCGCUGGGGAAAGCUGGAACUGGCAAAGAAACACUACGAGCUGUCUCUAAAGUUGGACCCUGAGGCUCCUGGGACCAGAGACAACUAUAACAUGCUGCGACGCAAACUGGACCAGCUUAAACGCCACACACCCUGAGGGAGCCCACUGGAACCCCCGCCUGCUGCAGACACACAUAUAAUUUUAUGUCACUCAUUCCAACUUUCUACCAUUUGGAAAAUAAAGACCUUGAUCCCCA